AUGGCUGCCGUCGCCCCUUGCCCGGCGUCCGCGCGGCCUCCCCAUGCGCCGACACCACACCAUGGGAGCCUUCGUUGCACUUGGCCGCAGCUUGUCCUCGGAGCCGCCACUGGCGCAGCAGCGUCUGCCAGAAGGCCUCUGGUGGCCACAGGUGCGCGGCGGAAAAAGCUGAAGGAACGUGAGGCCAAGGAGGCUUCGGGCGGCAGCAGCGGAGGAGGUUCCGUGGAUGGCGCUUUCCUGGGCGAGGAAGGAGAUGAGUGGGCUGAGCCAAGGUUCCAAGCCACGGAAGCCGAGAUUUCCUUCGAGGACCCGGUCCCUCUCGAACGGCCGGCGCUCUACGUCGUCUCUGUACCGAUCGGCAAUCUCGGAGACAUCACUCUUCGAGCCCUGCGUGUCCUACGGGAGGUUGAUGCCAUCUUCGCAGAGGAUACAAGGACCACGGACACGUUGCUGCGCCGCCUGGGCAUCGAAGGGAGGCGGCUGUUCCCUUGCCAUGCUUUCAACGAGGAGCGCGCCGGGCAAGAGAUCAUUCGGCGGUUGCGGGAAGAACAGGCUCUCGCCCUGGUCUCCGAUGCGGGGACGCCUUCGCUUGCGGACCCCGGCUUCGCAGUUUUGCGAACUCUGCGCCGGGAGCUGGGCGACAUCCCCGUGCACCCGGUGCCGGGCGCCAAUGCCGCCGCAUGUGCUCUGAGUGUCUCGGGACUACCUGCUAGCUGCUACCUCUUCGGUGGUUUCCUCCCGUCCAAACCGGCGGCCCGCAGGAGCCAGCUGAAACAGCUCCUGCGCCAAGCCAGCAGCGGUUUGUCCGCGACGCUGGCGGUUUUCGAAGUGCCUCAUCGCAUUGUGAGCACCAUGGAAAUGCUGGUUGAGCUGUUGGCCGAAGAGGGUGACCCAUCUAGGGCCGUGGUGCUGGCACGGGAGCUGACGAAGCGGCACGAGACGCUGCUGUCAGGCACCGCGGAGGAGGUGUUGGCAGAGGUGCGGGAGACCCCGGACAACCAGCGAGGGGAGUUCGUCUUGCUCCUGGGCCCCGGGGCGGAAGAGACGCUGGAAGUCGAGUCGGCGGUUCCUGAAGCGAAGGAGGUUGCCAAGGUCGCACUGAAAUCGGUGAUACCGAAACGCGCACGCCAUGAGCUUCUGCAGCAGAUCAUGCAAAGCAAGCUACCGUCAAGUGCUCCUGUACAUAGUCCAGACGAUGAUUGGGUUCGUUGCUGGCCAAUUCCGGAUCUCGAAGCCGGGACAGCGCUUCCGAGGGAGAACUCCAUCCACCGGGGCAUCAUCGUCUGUACAAAGGAGUAUGGAGCCUUCGUCCAGCUUGGCAAAGGCGAGAAGUACAAGGAUGGCUUCCUCCACAUCGGCUGCCUCCCUGCGCCGCCCGGGGUGGAGCGCCUCGAAGUAGUCAACUCCGUCGUCCGGGAAGGGGACAAAGUCUGGGUGAAGGUCCGCGAUGUGGAUGAGGAGAGCGGCAAGUACGCCUUGGACAUGCGGCUUCCGAGCGAAAGUGAUGUUUUUUUUUUGGAAAGGUUGGGGUUUGCGUUUUCGGGUUGA